AUAUAAUGCAGAAAAAUGUGCCUAUUCCAGGGCUAAAGUGUCUAAACCCCCUCCAAAUAAACCCUGCCCCCACUCUACUACCAUUUUCCAGCAUUUCCUCGCUCGAAAAGCCUUCGCUUAGUUCUGUGCAAAAUCCUGCAGGAGUGAUAUGCUGCAGUGCGGCACUCGAAAUAUAUCCACGAUCGAAAACGUUUAGUAUAAAAAAUAAAGUGAAAUCUAGUUCGACGUCCGACAGGAAUCACCACCUGUUGAAACUUUGAAAUGAGCAGUACGAAUAACACCAGUUCGUUAUCGAGGUCUUCGUCGAUAAGAUCCUCGUCUAGGAGAUCGGUCGCGUCGACGUCUUCGAAGAUAUCGUACGGUUCUUCGACGGAAAGUGCCGGCAUGCCGAAAAGUCCGACCUCCUUUUAUCAGAAUCGGGGUAAAAAUUCGGAUUUUUAUCCGAGUUCGCCGAAAUCUCCGAGCUUCCACGUUAGCGGACCCCAACAGUUUGAUUUUAAAACGCCGAAAUCCCCCGUUCGUUCGCCUCGAAGCCAAAAUGAUAACACGAAAAAAGAAGAAAAUUAUUUUGAUUUUGAUUUAAAAUCGCCACCGAAACCGAUUCCGACUAAAAAUUUAUAUCGCCAGCAAGCUUACCAGUCCUCAAAAACGGACUCCUCCGGAUCCGUGAAGUCAAGUCUUGAGUAUACGUCCACGAAAAAGCAUCCCAAUCUCGAUUACCAAGAUAUUGAGUACAAAGUUUGUAACAGUCUCGAUUCGGAUUCUCAUCAUAGUUCCGAUUUUUACACCAGUGGUUACGAUACGGAUUUAAUUAAAAGAAGUCGACAUUCGUCGAUUAAAGAUAAAAAGUCGAAACGUUCCUCGAUUAAUAUUCGUACGAAUCCUGGUUACGACGAACGAUACUCUUCCACUAGGUCAAUCAAUGCCGCCGCCGAGAGCUGCAGAAGUGCAAGCGAUGAUAAAAAAGAAAAAAAAUCGUUACAAAGAUGCCGUAAGUCGACUUCCGAUCUAACUGAUAUGACUGACGACGGCGGACACACAACAGUUACUUCGUUGAGCAGACCAUCAUCACCCCGACGGAAAAGCUCGAUUAAGGGAGGUUUAGCUUAUUUGGCAUCGAGGCGAGGAUCGAGAGAUUCGGUCGCUUCAAAUAUGUCUAAUGUAUCGAAUGAGGAUAUUGGACCUUUAAAUUUUCAAAAUACUGCGAGAGGAAGACAGAGAAGGACUUCGAAUUUUUUGGAAUUACCAGUGCCAGACCAUAUAAGACCGAGAGUGUGUUCAUUACCGGAAAAACCGUACAACCCCCGUUUAAGCGACGAUUUGUAUAGGCUUCGCACAUUCAGCAUAACGAACAAAGGAGGCGUUGUAAAUUGCGGCGAUUCGAUUAUCAAUAGAAGGUCCAGGUCGAACACAAGCGUCAAUUCGACCACCAGCAAGGCUAGUAAUAUAUCCGGUGAAAGAUCGCCUUUCGACGGCUCCUGUUGUGGUUCCGGUUAUCACACCGUCGAUUCCACUCCGUUGGGUUCACCGGAAGAAAUCGAAGUACCAAAAUAUCGGGUGGUUAUGCUUGGUGAUUCCGGUGUUGGAAAAACUGCGUUAGUUUCGCAAUUUAUGACAUCCGAAUAUAUGAAUACUUAUGAUGCAAGUUUGGGUAAGAAAUAUGAUGAAUUUGGUGAAAGAACAGUUUCUGUAUUGCUCGAUGGUGAAGAAUCAGAAAUGAUAUUCAUCGAUCAUCCAUCAACAGAAAUGUCUGUUGAAAAUUCGUUAAGUACAUACGAACCUCAUGCUUGCGUCGUAAUUUAUUCGAUAGUUACCAAGUCAAGUUUUCAACACGCCGAAGAAACACUUAAUUAUUUGUGGCGCGAGGGUUAUACUCAGGAAAAAAGCGUGAUCGUGGUUGGGAAUAAAUCUGAUUUAGCCAGAGCCCGGGUUAUUUCAGCGGACGAUGGAAAAGCGUUGGCAAUUUCAAGAGAUUGCAAGUUUAUUGAAACAUCGAGCGGAAUACAACAUAAUGUGGACGAGCUUUUGGUUGGGAUUUUAAAACAGAUACGAUUACGCGAAAAUCGCGAUAAGAAAAAGGCGAAAAAGGAUACGCAAAAAUUGCACGGUUCGAAAACUAGCCUUAGUUUAAAUAUUGCUAGGGAGAUUUUGCAAAAAAUUUGUAUGAAUGCCGAUAUUAGUAAGUCGAAAUCUUGCGAAAACUUACACGUUUUGUAAAAUUACUUAUCGAGUAUUUCUAAGACUGGUUUAAAUUGUUUCACUAAUUAUUUAACUUGUGAUAUUUUUUAUAUAAAGAAUGUACUGUUUUAUGAAUAUCGCUAUUUUCUAAUCGUUUAUUUUGGAUCUCUCUUUAAAAUAUAGACUGAAAAACAUUAAAAAAACUCAAGCUGUGUAGUAGGAAAAUUUAAAAACAUUUCUAAUUCCUUCUUUAUAAUCUGUAAAUAGAAGUUAAUAAAAAUAAAUCUGUUUAUUUAAAAAAAAAAUUAUAAAGUGUUGAUAAAAAAAUUUGUAGUUGAGGCCUAAUAAUGUAAUUAGUUAACUGUUGCUGUUAAAAUAAUAAAUGUAACAGUAGACUUUA